ACUCGAGGAGCUCCUAGGGCGGCUGGCUGCGGGCGGUGGGCUGCGCUUCGCUUGCUGGGCUGGGUGCCUGGUCCCGCCCCACCGAGCCCCACCCCGCCGCCCCGGAGAUCCCUGGAGGGCGCGACCACUGAGCCACUGUCUCCGGGCCAGUCUGGGGCGGCCGGCCCGGAACCACCCGAUGAGGUCUCUUCUCUCUAGGGAUGGUGAAGUUGGGAAAAGGUUCCUUUAACCCUUCUCCGGGAUGAACCACCUGCCAGACAUGGAGAAUACACUCACUGGGAGCCAGAGCUCCCAUGCUUCUCUGCGCGAAGUCCACUCCAUCAACCCCACACAACUCAUGGCCAGGAUCGAGUCCUAUGAAGGAAGGGAAAAGAAAGGCAUAUCCGAUGUCAGGAGGACUUUCUGUUUGUUUGUCACCUUUGACCUCUUAUUUGUAACAUUACUGUGGAUAAUAGAGUUAAAUGUGAACGGAGGCAUUGAGAACACGUUAGAGAAGGAGGUGGUGCAAUAUGACUACUACUCAUCUUAUUUUGAUAUAUUUCUUUUGGCAGUUUUUCGAUUUAAAGUGCUGAUACUCGCAUAUGCUGUAUGCAGACUGCGCCAUUGGUGGGCAAUAGCGUUAACAACAGCAGUGACCAGUGCCUUUUUACUAGCGAAAGUGAUCCUUUCAAAGCUUUUCUCCCAAGGGGCGUUUGGCUAUGUGCUGCCCAUCAUUUCAUUCAUCCUCGCCUGGAUUGAGACAUGGUUCCUGGAUUUCAAAGUGUUACCUCAAGAAGCAGAAGAAGAAAACAGACUCCUGAUAGUUCAGGAUGCAUCAGAGAGGGCAGCCCUCAUACCUGCUGGUCUUUCUGAUGGUCAGUUUUAUUCCCCUCCUGAAUCUGAAGCAGGAUCUGAAGAAGAAGCUGAGGAAAAACAGGACAGUGAAAAACCGCUUCUAGAACUCUGAGUUCUAUUUUAUAAAAAUGUGAAGAACCCUCACUGAAGUCAUCCGAGGGAAGAAGAUGGAGAUGGGGUCUCCCUAUUGAUAGUUGAAAUGGCGACAUCCACUACUGACUUUGUUGAACAGCUAGUAAACUUUUAUUUAUGGUGAUACCUCACGGACAUUUUCCCACAUCCACACACAUCCAGUCUCCUGCCUCUGGCUGGCCAGGUCAUGUCAUGAUUAUUCCUCUGUUCAGUGAGACUGAGUCUGACCUGUCAAUGAAUAAUUGAAGGAAAGUUGUAUGUGUGCUGUAUCCUAAUCAAAAGACUUCUUAAUAUGUUGAAAUAACACUUUUCUAGUAAGUGAAAUACCUUUUAUUUCAAUUCACAGGAUGAAAUUUUUUGUUUGUUUCAUGUCUCAGAUUUCUUUUGUAUUUCAUUUAUUAACACCCUACAUUUCCCUUGUGU